GGGCGGGGGGGGAACAUGGGGGGCACCAACAUGGGGGGCACCAACAUGGGGGGCACCAACAUGGGGGGCACAAUGGGGGGCACAAUGGGGGGCACAAUGGGGGGCCGCUGCCAUGGGGGGAGAUCGAGCGUCCGCGCUGUGGGGCAGAGCAAGGACAGGAUGAAGGAGGGGAAGGACAAGGACGCGCGUUACACCAACGGGCACCUGCUGAGCUCCAUCACCGUGUCCGGGAUGACCAUGUGCUUCGCCUGCAACAAGAGCAUCACGGCCAAGGAGGCGCUGAGCUGCCCCACCUGCAACGUCACCAUCCACAACCGCUGCAAGGACACGCUGCCCAACUGCACCAAGGUGAAGCAGAAGGUGAGUGUGGGGCUGGGGGGGGUAUCGUGGGCCUGGAUGGGGAUAUGGGCUUGGGAUGGGGGCUGA